AGUGCAGCCUCUCGUUGGUGCUUACGAAACGCAAAGAACAGUGCAAUACUAGCAGAUCAGUUGACAUGGCACAUGAAUGCUGCUCCGAAUUCUGCAGACGCCCUCUUAAACCGCCACCCUUCCCCCAGGAGCUAGUGAAGUACCUCUCCCCCCACUUGGCUGAUCUCUUCAACUAUUCCAGUUUUGCGCUCAACGAAUUCGGGUUGAUUGAGGCUGUAGAACAAAAUGAAGAUGAGAGGAAACAAAAAUAUGCAAUCAUUUCCCUGCCCUUUUCCACCCUCAUCUCCUCAAAGUACGUGACUUCAUUUUAUCCUGUUAUCGGUGCCCUUCUACUGCUCGUUGUGGUUUUGCUGAUAAUGCGUGUGUCCAUCUUCUUCAAAGGAAAGCUUCCCAAGACACUAACUCGACCGCUUUCAAGGAGCUGCUUGAAAAGAAAUGACUCCAUUCACGAGUAUGAUGCAAUCGGAAUGACUACAACUGAAGUGAACGAGAUCUCGCCUGUAUUUUUGUGUCUGCAACCAUACAACGAACACGCGAGUUGUACUAAAAGCGAAGCUCGCUCCUCGGCAACCGAACACGACAUGCCCAACACUCCCCAUUCGUCGCCUCUCGGCUCCACGGAAAAUAACGAAUCAUUCGGAAACGAAAGAUGCUCGUCUGUUCUUUCUGCCUCGACCAUCGGGGAUGCGUCAAGCGCGAGGCGAAAGCAGCUCGGAAACGUUACGAGUCCCAAUACAGCCGAAAACAGUUUACAGAGCUCGGUUACCAACAACAGUUUCCAUUCGUCACUUAAACAGAGCAAUAAUAGACUGAACCAACAGCGCAAUAGUCAUACAGUGUGCAAUGGCGUUAUUCUAAUGGGAUCGCCCUCAGUAGUUAGCCAAAACUCAACAAAUACUUUGACCCAUGAGAAUAAACCAAACGUGAACAAUAGGCGUGGAAGAUUGACUGCAGUUUCACGAAUGACGGAAAAAGGAUCAAUAACUUCGGUGUUAAGUAACGGGACUGCACAUCCAGUAGCAUACAAUGUUAAAACUAGCGAUCGAUACAUUAGUUGCUGAAACCUGUCAAAAUGCCCGAAUGCAUGCUGAAUUUCCAUUUCGAAUGUAUUAGUAUCGAAAUUUUUGAUUAAUUCCAAUGGACAAGCAGCCAUGAAAAAUUGAUACCAUAGUAUUGAACCUAAAUAUCAUUGACCAUACAAAUAAUUCGACCUAAACUCAACUUAAAUUUAAAAAU